CCAGCAUCAAGAGGCAGCUGCAGAACGAUUCAGCGACAUUGGCGAUCGUACAGCCUGCUCGCGACGCGUCUUUCAUCGAAUCUUUGUUUUCUGGCAUUGGAUAAGAAGCACGAAGCUGAUUCUUGGCCAUGAACGGAGACAAUUACUCCUCCAGAGACGGAGGCAGUCGCCGAGACUAUCCUCCCUCUCGCAGUGACCGUGGCGACCCGCGCGAUCGUCCUGAACGAAGUGAUCGUAACGAACGUGGCGACCGAGACGACCGAAGGGACCGACACCGAGAUCGCGAGCGAAGACGUUCGCGCUCACCAGGCCAUCGCAGCGGCCGUCGCGACGAUAGAGAAAACGAUGCGUACUCUUCUAGCAGAGGCCACAGAGACCGAGAGCGGGAGGAUCGUUAUGGACGAGAGCGUCGCGGAGAUCGAGACUGGGAUAGAGACCGAGGCUCGCGUCGCGACCGCCGUGAUGAUGAUGAUAGAGGUGGCCGUCGGGAUAGAGACCACUUUGAUGACCGCCGUCGCCGCGACCGCCGCGAAGACGCAUUCCCUAGACAGGAGCGCCGCAGCCCUUCGCCCCCUAAGCCGCGUGAGCCAACACCCGACUUGACAGACGUCGUCUCUAUUCUCGAACGCAAGCGUCGUUUGACUCAGUGGGAUAUUAAGCCACCUGGCUACGAGAUGGUGACCUCAGAACAAGCUAAGCUUUCGGGCAUGUUCCCGCUACCUGGUGCUCCACGACAGCAGACCAUGGACCCGACUAAGCUGCAGGCGUUUAUGAACCAGCCGGGCGGUCAGGUCAGCAGUGCUGGUCUCAAGGCAAACAACUCUCGUCAGGCAAAGAGACUACUGGUCUCCAACUAUAAGCCUGGUGUUGGUGAUGACGCUCUCAUCUCUUUCUUCAACCUUCAGCUAAACGGACUCAAUGUUAUCACUGGCAACGAUCCCUGCGUGCUCUGUCAGCUUUCUGCAGAUGGAUCUCUGGCAGUUUUGGAGUUCCGCGAUCCCUCCGAUGCCACUGUUGCUCUCGCUCUGGAUGGUAUAUCGAUGGAAGCUGAUGGCGCCGAGGGCAGUGGGCUGAGCAUCAAGCGUCCUUCGGACUACGUCAUGCCAGCAGGGACAGAAGAGACCAACAGCGAUCCUGACGUUGUUUCUAAUGUCGUCCCCGACACUGCUAACAAGCUUUGUGUCACCAACAUUCCCCCUUUCCUUACUGAAGACCAAGUUUUGGAGCUACUUGCCGCAUUUGGCAAGCCCAAGGCGUUCGUUCUAGUCAAGGACCGCAGCACAGAAGAGUCACGAGGCAUUGCAUUCGCCGAAUAUGCCGACCCUAGCAAAGCAAACGAGGCGGCGCUGAACACACUGAAUGGUAUGGAUGUUGGUGGUAAGAAGCUCAAGGUUGUCAAAGCCAGCGUUGGCUCGACACAAGUGGCCAACUUUGAUGUUGGCAUCACCGCCAUUAGCAGUCUUGCCUCUCAGGGCGCCAGUGACAGCGAAGCCAGUCGUGUCCUGCAACUUCUCAACAUGGUUACAGAGGAGGAACUGCAUGACAAUGACGACUACGAAGAAAUCUGCGAAGAUGUUCGUGAAGAAUGCUCUAAGUUUGGCAAGGUCCUUGAUAUUAAAGUACCUCGACCUGUUGGUGGCAGUCGCCAAUCCGCUGGCGUUGGCAAGAUAUUUGUCAAAUUCGAAUCGGCAGAGUCCACGACCAGUGCGCUCAAGUCGUUAGCUGGACGCAAAUUUGCGGAUAGAACCGUGGUAACAACAUACUUCCCUGAGGAAAACUUUGACGUGGGAGCAUGGUAGAGCGUUGGAUUUAAAGCAAUGCAUUUCUUGAUAGAUUUGCCGCAAAGGGGAACGGAGAAGUUUACAGUCUGAUUUGGAGAUUCAAGGUACACAUAUGUUAUUAUGUACCGCCGUGUAAAACAAAUGAAAAGUCGAGCGGUUGGCGAAAGGAGAGUAAUUGUUAGCAGUUUGAUCAUUUUGACAAGUUAGAAUGCAAAAGCCAUUCAUUCAGUGCCAUACUUUGUAGCGCGUGCCU